AUGGGAGUUGAAGAUGAAUAUGCUGCUGAGGCCUUUAAUAGUACUAGCAAUGGAGCUAAUUUUGAAGAUUAUAUGCUUUUCUCGCCCACAAUAACUUCUCCUCUUCAUCCAAGUUUGCCUCUAUCAGUUAUUAGAAGUUUAUUAUUAUCAACAACUGAUAGUUAUUUCACAACCAGUUAUGAAGAAUAUUUCAAAAUAACCAGUGGGGAUGAUCAACUUCAAAAGCCAGCAAAGCCAAUGCCAUUAAUGUAUCCUCAAUCAAACACUUCCAGCGGUAGUCCAAAUGCUACAAAUAAUUGUUCUUCAUCAGAUCCUAGUCUCAACAUAUAUGGUACUAAUAAUUCUGAUUCUACUGUGGAUCAUCAUGGUCAGAGUUUUCCCGGCGGCAAUGACCAACAAAGCCAUCUGACCAAAACGUUGUAUCCAAGUCCAAGCCCAACAACGACUACUACUACUUGUUCCAACGGUAGUAGUCCAAAUCCAAGUCCAAGUAGUGCCAAAAGCUCUUCAGAUGCUCCUCCUAAUCUCAACUUGGGUGGCACUAUUCAAUCAUCAAACACCACUACUAAUUCCAAGAGUAGUCAAAGUAGUACAAGUACUAGUAAUAAUAAUUGUUCUUCACCAGAUCCUACAACUACUUUUUCUGCUGAUUCUCAAACUAGUAGUACAAGUGACCAAAGAUGCCGUGUGUCUUUUCCUUUUGAAAUGGACCAAAGCCUUUAUAUGUCUAUUAUUUCUAGAUAUUUUAGUUAUAUGCUGGUUCACGCUGAUAUACUUCAAAUUGGGGUGCCUGCUACUGCUAACUCCAGACAAAGUCUACCAUUAUCUCCUCCUCAAUCAAACACUUCCAACAGUAGUCCAAGUGCUAGAAAUUAUUGUUCUUCAUCAGAUCCUAGUCUCGACAUAGAUACUAAUAAUUCUGAUUCUACCGUGGAACAUGGUCAGACUUUUCCCGGCAAUAAUGACCAAAGCGGUGUGUAUAGUUCUAGAUUUGGUGAUGAGAAUUAUGUCUUGUUUCCUCAACCACACACCAACGGAAGUACUGAUGAUCAUUAUUCUCAUCGUAACAUUAAUCUUAGUAGUGCCAGAAGCUCCUCAGAUCCUCCUAGUCGUCUCAACUUGGGUGGUACUAGUAGCUUACAAUUUGGGGUGCCUGAAGACUCCAGACAGAGGAGGGAAAAUAAUAGUACUGAUUUACCAUCAGAAUCUGAUGAUUUGCCUCAACCACCAAAUGGGCAGUCACAUAAUUUUUCUACAGCCAGUAAUGUUGUUGUUGAGGAUAAUUCUUCGUCUGAAACACCAAUUUUCCAGCUUGAUGAUCACGCUACAUUUCCACCCUUGCCACCCCCAGGGUCAUCUUGA